GGAAACGCAAAAAGAAGUAACAGAGAGAUAUAUAAAUAUAUAUCUACUUACCUGGAGGAUGCCGGAACGGGGCCCGAGGGCUCCUGCCGAGCGCCGCCUYGCUGCUGCUAGAGCGUCGUAGGGGCGAAGGCGGGCGCCUGGCGUGCUCGUUCCCCGCAGCRGCGGCCGCCCCGGCGCCCAGAGCCUCUCUUGACUCCCGGCGUUUAAUGGAAUGAUGUUGCGGAAAAGGCAGAGCGAUCGUGCCGGGCUCAGUCGGGACUGCUCGGGCGGCGGCGGCAGAGGCGGUGGCAGCGGGCUCGCGAGCGGCAUGCGAGUGCCCCCCCGGCGCUAUGGCUAGUGGUGGCUCUGGCAAGUCCACCAGCGAGGUGUCCGGCGGCGGCAUCCCCAGCAGCAGCGCCCUGCAGAGGAAGAAGCUCAUCUCGAUCUGCGACCACUGCAAAAUCAAGAUGCAACUGGUGGCUGAUCUGCUCCUGCUGUCGAGCGAGACCAGGCCGGUGAACACCGAGAGCUUGUCUGUCUUCGGGGAGUCCUUCGAGAAGUGCAGGGACACGAUCAUUGCCAGGACCAAAGGACUCUCCAUCCUGACCCAUGACGUCCAGAGACAGCUCAACAUGGGGCGAUUCGGAGAGGUGGGAGACAGCCUGAUGGAGAUGGGGGAGCUGGUGGUCUCCCUGACGGAGUGCUCUGCGCACGCUGCCUACCUGGCUGCCGUGGAGACUCCGGGGGCCCAGCCCGCUUUGCCUGGCUUGGUGGAUCGCUACAAGGUGACCCGCUGUAGGCACGAGGUGGAGCAUGGCUGCGGCGUCCUCAAGACCACCCCUUUGGCAGAUAUGAGCCCACAGCUCCUGCUGGAGGUUUCCCAGAACAUGUCCAAGAACUUGAAAUUCCUUACAGAUGCCUGCGUGCUGGCCAGUGAGAAAUCCAAGGAUAAAUUUGCCAAGGAGCAGUUCAAACUCAGUGUCAAGUGCAUGAGCACCAGCGCCUCUGCCCUCUUGGCGUGUGUCAAGGAGGUUAAGACUUCACCCAGCGAACUGACAAGGAACCGGUGCGUCUUGUUCAGUGGACCUUUGGUGCAGUCUGUCUAUGCUCUGGUGGGCUUUGCCACUGAGCCCCAGUUUUUGGGUAAAGCUGCCACCAUUAAUCCAGAGGGCAAAGCUGUGCAAACCGCCAUCCUAGGAGGAGCCAUGAGUGUGGUAUCUGCUUGUGUGCUCCUGACCCAAUGCCUCAGGGAUAUAGCCCAACACCCCGAAAGUAGCACCAAAAUGAGCGAUUACAGGGAAAGGUUGAGGAACUCGGCUUGCGCCGUCUCUGAUGGUUGCAACCUGCUAUCUCAGGCACUAAGAGAAAGAUCUUCACCCAGGACUUUACCGCCAGUGAACUCCAAUUCUGUGAAUUAACCCCCACACCUUCUGUUUAGAUCCCAGUCACUGCUAAAGGAAAAUAAUAUCCCACCUCCUCACCCUUUUUGGUAUACCAAAGAAUUUGCCUGGAUGAGCCCAAUCCUUUGAUUUCAUGUGGUGAAGAAGCAGAGCAGCGCGUUCAAACUAUACGUACUAAUAAAGGUAGCCAGUUUUGGCUUCAUUCUAUUUUAUUUUAAAGUCAAGCGAGUAUCUGCAGAUAAAUUUUUCUUUACUCAACGAAUCUGCACACAAACAAAUGGUAAUAGCAAAUGUUGAGAAGUUUUAUAUUAGGGAGGUGGGGGUAUCUUAAAAAGAAAAAAAAAAAAGCUUUAAUCGCGCUGGGUGCGGUUUUUAAAGUCUGUCUUGUCUUGUCUUCCGAAAUUUCCCUUCUAAAUUUUACUGUUCAGUUGUGCAGGAAAAAGGUUACCUCAGUUCUCACUCAUUGAAAAAAAAUGAAAAGACCCAACAACACAGAGAUGAUGGAUGUAGCUACUAUUUU